CCUGCGUAAUCAAACUGCGCGUGUGGUAGUCGAGUUAAAAAUAAUAAUAAAGUCUCUUUUCUCAAACUCACUCUAGCUAGCGUUGAUAACCACUGCGGAAUUAUACAUUUCUGUCGUACUAAUAAAUGUCGCUGAUCGUUUUCUUUUUUUAUGUUAAAUGUUCUCAGGUUUCUCCACCGUGGUUCCGGUUUAUUCUACAUUGUUUACAGAGAUGGCGGAGAUGAAGACUUGCACUCUGGACUGUUUCCCAGAAAACAUUUUAAUUGAUAUUUUAUCUUACUUAAACAUCCGAGAACUAGUUCGCAACGGCAGGGUAUGCAGGCGCUGGAGGCGUUUGGUUAAAGACCAGAGACUCUGGCGCACUGUAGACCUUUCAACAUGGAAAGGGGUGACAACCCGUAUACUGUGGGUGUUAUUGCGCCAGUACCUGGGCCAUGGUCUGCGUUCCCUGCGUCUGCGUGGUUUGCUGCUGUCUGCACGUGGUGGUGCUUUCCUGUCUGAGCCUUGGCUGCAGGCUCUGACCUCCAAAUGCCCCCGCCUGAGCCGACUCUCUCUGCUGCACACGGACCUGCGCGGCUUGCGAAGCUGCUCUCUAAUGCCCCCUACCUUACAGGUCCUGGAACUGCAUGGUUGUGAACUCCCGCCUGGGUUCUUUACUCAGAGUCCCUCUGGAGCGUCUGAGCCGGCCUGCCACCAGGCAACUGCAGCCAAUCCAAAAAGUGCAGGAAACAAACAGCUAACUCCCUCCUCCCCCGGCAUCGGCAUAAAAACUCUGAUUUUAGACAAUGUGCCAUCGUUCACCAACCAGCACCUGCAAAGCCUGAGCUCCUGGGGGCAGCUGACCCGGCUGGAGCUUCGCGACCUGAUCCGGGUGACGGCAGCGGGUCUGAGGGGCUGCGCCCCCCCCGGCCUGAGGUCCCUCUCCCACCUCAAGCACCUGGAGAUGGACACGUGGAGCCGGCAGCAGAUGGCGGCGCUGGGUCUGGGUGAGGGCUGGGCUGGGCUGGAGGGCCUGGGGCUCGGGGGGCGGGAGGUGAGCCCCGGCAUGCUCUGCCUCAGCCGUCUGCCUGACCUGCGCUGGCUGCGUCUGCGCGGCUGCAGGCUGACGGAGAUGAUGGUCCUGCGCAGCUGCCGCUCGCUGAAGGAGCUGCGCCAGCUGGAGUUCUGGCAGGUGGAGUUUGAGACGGAGCGCGGAGGCGAGUUGGAGGGGGGCGCGGAGGAGGGGCAAGACGGAGGAGAAGAGAGAGAAGAAGGCGAGAGAGAGGAAAGGAGCGACAACGACCCCGUGCCGAACCUCAGGCGAUCGCUGGCCACCCUGCUGCCCAAGUGUAGUGUGUUGUUUACACAGUGCACCGUGACCUCAAACCAGGACUGACGCACACGCCGUCUGACACAGACGCUCAGCGCUCUAGUGCACAAAUGAUGACAUAUACAGAAACAACACCAAGUAGUUUACUGUAGACUUGGAUCUGGAACAGUGUGGGCCAUUUUACCAUCUGAAGACUAAUCCCACACCAGGAUUACAAUUAACCUUGUAUAGUGGCUAGACAGCUAGACUUAACACCUAAAAUGAGCCUUCAGCCAAAAUGUUUACAAGCAUAAAGUUGUGCGCAGUACAUGCUGGUUUUUAAAUGACUCAGAUGCUAGAAUAAAACAAUGGAAUCUGG